AUGAGAACUUCUCAGCAUAAUUGCAAUUCUUUAUCAAAUGACGGUGUAUGGCAUAUGCAGCGUUGGCCAUUGGAAUUGAUUAAUUGGCCACAAUUCAACAGUGAUCGCUUGGACGUACAAAUCAACGUGCCUGCUCAAUGCUAUCAGCCGAUUAAGUCAUUAAAGAUGUUACCUGCGGACGAAAGAUCUACUAAAAACUUGGUCCGAGGAGUCUACGAUUUGGAUGAUGGAGAUGGAUUUGUUGAAACUGAUCCAACUAACUUUCUGUUGGGUUAUUGGGGAAUGCGUUAUUUCAAUUCGUUACAAUAG